AUGGUUGAUUCUAUGGUAAAGAAGGGACAAUAUUUCAAAAGCAAGGAAGCUUUACAGGCAAGUUUAGAAAUUUUUGCGAUGAAGUAUAACUUCGAUUACAGAGUUACUAAAUCUGGUACAAGAUUUUGGUGUAUACGCUGUAUUGAUAAUGUUUGCAAAUGGCGUGUUCGUGCUGAGUGCUUCGAAGGGUCUACGUGUUGGAAAAUCAACAAGUAUGUGGGUAGCCAUACUUGUGCUCCUUCAAGGAAAACGAAAUUUGGUAGAACACCUUCAGCAAGAACAAUCGGGAAUCUCAUCAAACAUAAUUAUGAAGUAAGAGGAAUCCCAGAGAAAAGUUUUGCUAAGAUACCUAACUACUUGCACAUGCUAAAAGAGGCGAAUCCUGGUACGCAUACAAAUUAUGAUAUUGAUUGUGAUGGUAGAUUCAAGUAUCUAUUCAUUUCAUUUGGUCAAUCAAUAAGAGGGUUCUACAAGAAAAUUCGGAAGGUCAUUGUAGUUGACGGAACGUUUUUAAAGAACAAGUACAAAGGAGUUCUACUAGUUGCUACAUCCAUAGAUGGUAACUCUAAUUUGUAUCCAAUUGCAUUUGGGAUUGCUGAUUCUGAGAAUGAUGCUUCAUGGGAGUGGUUUUUAAUGCAGCUUAAGGUUGUUAUUGCGGAUGACAAAGAUUUAGCUUUUGUGUCAGAUCGACAUAUAUCUAUUGGUAAAAUGAUUGGAAAAAUCUACCCGUUGGCUAAACAUGUCCGGCGAUUGGAGGUUAUCUACAGGAGGCUGAUGUGA